UUUCGAGCAGUUUUUGUGUUCAGGACGGUUUAAAAAUCUUGUAUCAAUUAUGUCUGGACGUGGCAAAGGUGGAAAAGUGAAGGGAAAAUCAAAGACUCGUUCCAGCCGCGCUGGUCUUCAGUUCCCAGUUGGAAGAAUCCAUCGUCUUCUCCGCAAGGGGAACUAUGCUGAACGAGUUGGUGCCGGAGCUCCAGUUUACUUGGCAGCUGUUAUGGAAUAUUUGGCCGCCGAAGUUUUGGAAUUGGCUGGAAAUGCUGCCCGUGACAACAAAAAGACGAGAAUCAUCCCUCGUCAUUUGCAAUUGGCUAUCAGAAACGAUGAGGAAUUAAACAAACUUCUUUCUGGAGUCACCAUUGCCCAAGGUGGUGUCCUACCAAACAUCCAGGCUGUUCUUUUGCCCAAGAAGACCGAAAAGAAAGCUUAAUUUCUAAAUAUUUUUCAAGUCAAUCGGCCCUUUUCAGGGCCA